CUGAUAUGAUUGUCAAAUUCGCCGGAUUGAUUCUUGAAGAAUAGGUUUUGAAAAUCUCAUCAGAUAACAUUAAAAAUUACAUAUAUUUUUAGUUAACCUAAAGUGAUUAUAUGAAGGUAAAUUAAGAUAGUAGGGGUUGAGACUAGAGGUGAACGCCAUUUUAAACCGUGAGUAGUAACUGUAUAGGCAACAGUUAUUAACCUUACCGUCUUGUUAGUGAAGUUUUACAUAAGCUGUUUUUAUUUCAGAUCCGUAUAAUUUUUCCUUCCUGAGUUCAGUUAUUAAUUCAAUCUUUAGGCUGUGUGAAUAAAAUUAUAACAAAAUGGUUUCUCUCCCUCGCCGCAUAAUUAAAGAAACACAACGAUUACUCCAAGAGCCUGUCCCUGGCAUAAGCGCUGUACCAGAUGACAGUAAUGCUAGAUAUUUCCAUGUCAUAGUUACCGGCCCAGACGAUUCACCAUUUGAAGGAGGACUUUUUAAGUUAGAAUUGUUUUUGCCCGAAGAUUAUCCCAUGUCAGCCCCGAAGGUAAGAUUUGUUACAAAAAUUUAUCACCCAAAUAUUGAUAGACUUGGUAGAAUUUGCUUGGAUAUUUUAAAAGACAAAUGGAGCCCUGCCCUACAAAUUCGUACUGUAUUACUCUCAAUCCAAGCUUUAUUAAGUGCACCGAAUCCUGAUGAUCCUUUAGCAAAUGAUGUUGCGGAAUUGUGGAAGGUUGAUGAAGCUGAAGCGAUUCGCAACGCCAAGGAAUGGACUCGCCGCUAUGCUAUGGACAAUUGAAAGAACAAAAACAAAUUGUGAUAAAUACAAACAAUAUAUAUACAUAUACACAAAUGUUCCUUUAUAUAUAUUGUUUCUUCUUAGUUACAAAAGAAUACAUGCCAAUAUGAUUUUUAAAUUCACUUAGUGCUAAUGUAUAUAAUUUGCAUGAAUUUAAGUUGGUAUACUUUAAUUUUACAUCGUACUACAAUCUCAAUUUGUUUUAAUUAUUGUAUCGAGAUAUGUUAAACACAAUUGGGAACAUUCUGUAGUUUUAUUUCCUCAAUCGAAAAUCUAGAUUUCUUUGACUUUUUUUCAGAAGAGUAUAUUCAGGAAUAUUUAUCUCUUUGUAUUGUAAUAUUAUUAGUUGUCGUUUUAAAAUUUUAAAUUUGAAGAAUAAUUUUGAAUAAUUAUUGGAGGACCAUGUAUGUAUAAAGCAUAUUAAAGCUUGGUAGCUAACUUAUUCAAAAUGUACAUCUUUUUUUUUCUUUAUUGAUGGUUUUAUUUAUGUUACAUCCCAAUCAAUUUUUAAGAAAAUAUGUCUUAAUAUUGUAAAAUAUUAUAUAAAUAUACUUUGUUAUUGU